AUCAGGUAUCAGAUUUCCCUGACCUCAUUAGACACGCCCACAAACUUAGUGCGGAAGAGGGUGAAUUUGAACCGGAAUCAUGGCAGAGACGGACGAGGCCGACGUUCAAACAAAGAAAAGCAAAACCCUCAUCGUACGGCAUCUGCCCAGAGAACUCAACAGAGAUGAGAAAGAGGAUCUUCUGAAAUAUUUUGGUGCCUCUUCCGUCAGAGCGCUGUCAGACAAGGGACCACUAAAGCAUAUGGCAUUUGCAACUUUCAGCAGUCAGACCUCAGCCUCUAAGGCGCUAAACAGACUUCAUCAGCUGAGAAUCCUUGGUCACACACUAGUGGUUGAGUUUGCUAAAGAUCAGGACAAUGCCAGUGUUUUGAAAGACCCACCUGUGUCUAACAGUGGUGCUGGUGCUAAAGCUGAAAAGGGGAAGAAAGAAAAACAACAUCAACACAAUGUUCCUAUGAUGGACAACAGCAUUGCUCCCAGUCUGGGGUUGAAAUUUCAAACAAAUCCAACGCUGAAAUAUUUAUACCCUCCUCCUUCAAGUGGAAUUUUGACAAACAUUUCACACACACUUUUGAGCGUACCCAAGUUCUAUGUUCAAGUUCUUCACUUGAUGAAUAAGAUGAACCUCCCCAGCCCAUUUGGGCCGGUGACCGCUCGUCCACCAAUGUUUGAGAUGCCCCCAGGCCCACUGCCGCCCAUGCCCCCACCCUUCCCCCCACAGAACCCUCCACUGCCGGAGCAUGAGGAGGGGGCGUCGGGCAGUGAAGAAGAAUCCGAGUAUGAGAGUGGAGAUGAAGAUAAAGAGAGGAUGAUCAGACUGAUGGGCCUUGUUAACCAGGCAUGCAAAAGACCGCUGAGAGCAAAAACGUCUUCCAAGAGAAAGAAACCCAAACUAAAAGAUUUCCUGUUUAUUCCCAAACCGGAUUCCCACGGACCCUCAGGCCCAGCCCUGCGGCCAGCAGACGUGUUCGAGCAACCUCAGAUGCUAGGACAGAAAAAAAUUGAGUUCCAUAUAUCGGCUGAGGUGUCCACCAUCCUCGAGGGGCCCGUACCGAAUCAAGAGCGGCAAAUCGCAGAUGCGACUGAAGACACGGCAGAGAAGGAGGUUUCCGCUCAGGAAGCCUCAGAAGGGUUCGGGAAGAUCUACCCAAGCGCUCAGGUCCCCAGACAGGAGGAAGAGAAGGAGGAAGAUGAGGACAUCCCCUCGGAGUUCAUCUCUAGGAGAGAGCUAGAGAGAGCAAGACUCUCCAGAGACGAGAUAAAGAAAAUGUCUGUGUUUAAAAAUUACGAACCCGGAGAACCAACCUGCAGACUUUACGUUAAGAAUAUUGCAAAGCAAGUUGAAAAAAAAGAUUUGAAGUUCAUCUAUGGCCGGUAUAUCGACAUCUCCUCAGAGGAGGAGAGAAACAUGUUUGAUAUUGUUUUGUUGAGAGAGGGGAGGAUGAAAGGUCAGGCCUUCAUCGAACUCCCCAGUGAGAGAAGCGCGGAGAAGGCCUUAAAGGAGACCAAUGGAUAUAUACUCAACGACAGACCUCUUGUGGUGCAAUUCGCCAGAUCUGCAAAACCUAAACCGGAAUCUGCUGACUCAAAGAAAGGAGGGAAAAAGCACUAAACUGGUGGGUUAAGGAUCACUUUGAGAUCAACACUAUAUGUAUUGAUUUUUCAAGCUGUCCGUAUGUUGGAGUGGGUUGGUGAAAAUGUACUGAAUAUUUAUUAUUCUAGCUUCUAGAUUUUUAAGCUUGAUUUUGUUUCUAUUUGUUUAAGAUGAUGUUGCAUCAAAUUACCUCAAUCAUGAGCCUACAGGAGCUCCAUCUUUACUUCAUAUCCUUUAAAAUAUCCUUUAAAAGAGUUAUUUAAAUUGUUUGCUUUUAUCAAAAAUAUAUAGGUAAUAAUAAUAACUGAAUUCUUCCAAAUGUCAAGCAAUGUUUUUCUGCUUCAGCACUGUCCUUCAGCUUAAAAUCAAAUAAAUCCAUUGUCGCACAUAAAUCUUAUUAAUAUUCACAUAUUUUCCCUUCUAUUUUAUUGCAGACUGCCGCUGCUGAGUCCUGUUGGGCUGAAGUUCAUCAUCAUCUAUUGUAAUAUAUAUUUUUUUUAGGAACUGAUUUUGUUGAUAGGUCUUGCAAUACAGUCAAAUAAAAGGAAUUAAUACUGCCA